GACUGCCAGGGGUUAGCUAUGGGUAACAUCCUGUCACCUCAGUGAAAGCAGGUGGUGUGGGAGAGACAACCCAGGAAUUUGUCAGUUCCAACUCUCUUAGUGCCCUUCCCUAGGGUUCCAGAGUUCCUCUUCUAACCUCUCAGAUUUUCAACAGUCUUUUGGUGCACUUCCGUUGAGCUCCGACUCUGUCUUGGUUUGAACCUUCCCACAAGGUUCCGACCUUCUUUGGUGCAGUUCCAUUAGGAUUUUGCCUCUCUUGGUGCUUUUCACUUAUGGUUCUAACACCUCAGUACUCCAUCUUUCUUUUGUUCACUUUGCGCCACAGCACUCCAUCCCUCUCUUGGUGUGCUUCUCUCUAGUCUUCAACUGUUUGUUGGUGCCUUUCUAUCAAAGUUCAGAACCUUUUGGUGAACUUCCCCUCUGGGUUGGACCCUCUCUUGAAGUGCUUCCCUCUGGGCUGCGACCCUCUCUUAUACUUCCUAGGGUUCUGAUCCACUUCAGGGGCCCCACAUUGACGCGCUGCUUUUCUUGGCUGGUCCCUCAGAACUAUGAAGCUCUUCAGGCACUCCUCUCUUGAGACUUGGACUCUUCUUUUGUGCCCGUAUUUCAGGGAUUUACCUCUCUUGACACCCGUCCCUCAGUUUUCAGAGCCUCUCUGGGAGUCCUCCUCUGAGAAGAUUGGAGCCUUGAGGGAAGAGCACAGAGAGUCGGAACCAUGAGGGAAGAGCACCAAAGCAGGGUCAGAGGUCUAACGGAAGUGCACCAAAAGACCGUUGGCGAUCUGAGGAGUUAGAAGAGGGACUCAGAACCCUGAGGGAAGGGCACCAAGAGAGCUAGAAACCUGAAGGAGAGGCGCCAACAGAGAACUGGCCCCAAGACAAAGUUAGAGCCCUGAGGUAGGAGCAUCAAGAGAGGUCUUAAGAGAGAGACUUAAAAGAAGUGCACAAAGAGAUGGUUGGAACCCAGAGGCAAGGUUGACAAAGGAAGAUCUGAACCCUGAGGAAAGGGAGCCAGGUACCCUGAAGGAGGGGCAUCAGAAGAUGGUUAUAGCCUUGAGUGAGGAAUGUGUCAAUAGAGAUUGGGGUUGGGGGCCGAGAAAGAGGCACCAAGACGAAGGUGGAUCCCGGGGGGAGGAGCUCCAGAAAAGGUUUUAGGUACUCCAGGGGGCAACCCAAGAGAGUUGAAGCCCUGAAAGAAGGGCUCCAAAGACUUUUGUAGGCCUGAGGAAGGACGUUAAGAGAGGUUGAGAGAGAGUUGGAGCUUUUAAGGAAGUGCUUCAAGACAUGGUAAGAAGAGCCCUGAGGGAUAAAGAGAGAGCCUUGAUAGAGGGUCCCAAAUAACAGAGUUCUGAGGGGUCAGAAGAGAGGGUCAGAACCCGGAGGGAAGUGUAUCAAAGGAGUCCAGCCUUAAAGAAAGGACUCCAAAGACUGAAGAACCCCAAGAGUGGUUCAAAGUCUUGAGAGAGGGGUGCUUAGAGAUCCUCAGUGCCAUGAGGGAGCAGGAGCUAUGGCAAGAAAGGGAGAGACCUAAAGGUAGGACCCCCACGACAGUCAGAUUCCUGAGGGAGGAGCUGCAAGAGAGGAUCAGAGCCUUGAGAGAGUUUUGAAAACUUUUGAGGUCCUGCCUUUAGAUAGUCUCCUUCCCAGGGCCCAAGAAGAGAUGCUACGAACGGCAGCAAUAAUCUGCGGGAAGUUCACCUGUCUGUUAGAGAUGAUGCACCCCUUCUUCUUGAUAAUUCUCCUGGGACUCCCAUGGGUGCACACCACUGUCAACAAUACCAGUGGGUUGGGCAACAAUACCAGUGGGUUAGACAUGGUCAUCAAACCUAGGCAAGAAUUUAUGUGCUAUGUGUGUGCAACCACAAACACCUUCUUAUGCACUCAAGAGAGAACCUGUCGUGACAAUGAGAGACGCUGUGCAAUAAUUGCCAUACGUAUGGACUCUCGGCAGCUCCUAGUCCUCAAGAACUGUGUAGAUGACUGCUCGUUUGCGCUUGUUCAGCCUCCACCAACCCCUAGAAAGCUUCCACCAACCGUUUACUUCUACUAUACCUACUGCUGCUCUGGCUACCUUUGCAAUGAAGGAGGACCUUCUAAUAUAGAGAGGGACUUGUCACCCCCUGUUGUGAUUGAGGAAGGGCCAAUUGCAAGAGCUGUGUGUCUGGGCGAGUUCAACCUUCUCCUGAACCUUUCCUUAAUCCUCUCCAGCAUCAUACUGACCUGAGAGCCCCUCCUUGGGGUAAACCCAUCUUCCCACAGCUGAAAGCAUCUUUGUUCUUUGUUGUUUCCUUGUGAAGCAGAGACAGUGUUCAGGGCAUCUGUUGGGCCCCUUCGUAGCUUGUUGUAGGAAAGAAAUAAAGACAUUGUUGAAAAUGC